UUCAAAAACCAAAAUUGAAUAGAAAAAAAAAAUUGCUAAAUGUCAAGGGAGAAAAAAAACUCUUGUUGUAAUCAUAAAAAAAAUUAAUAAAACAGAUUCGGCAUAAUAUAGUGGUCCAAGUGGAUGAUAUUAAUAGACUCGACAGAUUCACGUAAACUUUCAACGUAUCGGACAUCUUGAGAUGAGAGAAUAUUUCGCAGAGAAAUAGGAAUUAUAGUAAAGAUCGAAUCCGUCUUUUGAAAAGAGAGAUAUUAGAAGAAAAUCAGAUGCCAAAGAGAUGACUUCGAUCGAUUACCUCGUGCUCCGAGGUAAACGUAAGACUUUAUUUUGAGGUGAACCUUAAACAUGCGAAUGAGUCAGUUUACAAAGUCUCAACUCAGUUUUAGAUGGAACAUGAAUCUGUUGCACAUGUUGUGAUAGUAAUAAACUAGACAAAAAAAAAGAGAGAAGAAGAAAAAAAAAACAAGAGUGGGGAAAAAAGAAGUGGAAAAAAAUGCCAACAACGUGAGAUGUGAAGUGGCGAAAGGAGAAUUAUUGUCUAUUUAUUUCUAGUCCGCAAUUCAACAUUGGUAAAAGCAAAUUGUGACAAGAUGAUGUUCACUGGCGGUUCACAUGCUAAGAGAAGAAAUGCCGGUGGCGGCUCUGGGCGAAAAUCAUCACUUGACCAUCGAAAUGUCACACAAUCGCGCAUGGGACCAGAAGGAUAUACUUACAGAACAAGGACUCCAACUCCUUUUAAUCCUGCGGAUCUUCCACCGAGUUCAUCGACGAAAACUUAUGUUUACAAAACACGUGUACCAAGGAGGGUCGCGGAAGCCUCGGCGUCACCUCCACCAGCUGAAAAUAUUGGCGGUGGAUUUCCAAUCACCAAGAGACGAGGAGCUGUAAAACAAAACAAAGUCCACGUUAUUAGAGGUCACAAAUUGGUCGCUAAAUUUUUCAGACAACCAACUUUUUGUACAUUUUGUAAGGAAUUUCUCUGGGGUUUCGGAAAACAGGGCUAUCAAUGUCAAGCUUGUCAAACGGCAGUUCAUAAAAAAUGUCACGACAAAUUAUUGACAAAGUGUCCUGGAAGCGGAAGAGAAUCAGAAAGUACGAUUGUAAGUACUGGAGAAACCUAAUGCGUCUUUUACCAUGUUUAAUGGCAGUACUUGAGGGAGCGAUUCAAGGUGGACGUACCACACAGAUUUCGACCCCAUACCUUCAUGUCUCUAACUUUCUGCGAUCAUUGUGGAUCA